AUGGACAGUGAGGGAGACUUUUCAGAGGCAGCAGGGACACCUUACUUCCGCUCCGCCUCUAGUGCAGUUCCUCACCAAAGCAGCUACACUGAAGACAAGCCUGCUGCUGCUGCUGCUUCUGCUGCUGCUGCUGUUCCCACUUUACGGCAUUUGCCAGAAGGGACAGCCGCAGCAGCAGCAGCAGCAGCAGCAAAUCCAACAAACCAAGACGCUGCACGCGAGAGCAGCCUCACAAGCUCUGUCGGUGUGCUGCAGCGAAUGCAGCCGACUACCUCGCAGACGCGGCUGGCUGCUGCUGCUGCUGCUGCUGCUGCUGCUGCAGCAGCUGCUGCUGCUGAUGCUGAGCUGCAGCACAGCUUCACGCAGCUUUCUGAAGGCGAGGUGCGGCCCCUUGCGCUGGGAACUGGGCAGCAGCAAACAGAACCGAUGCUGUGGACUGUAGUGACACCCCCCAUUUCCGGAAGCAGCAGCUACUUGCCUCAGCAGCAGCAGCAGCAGCAGCAGCAGGAGGCAGACGCGUUGCCGAGGCGCGGUUCAGGCACCCCGGCGCUGCCUUCAGAAGGCUCCCAGAAGCUGCAGCAGCAGCCAGAGCAGCUGCUGAUGCAGCAGCUGCAGCAGCAGCUGCACUCGCAAGAAGAGACCUUGCUGCACAAGCUGCAGCAGCAGCAACUGCAGCAACAUAAGACGCAGCAGCAGCAGCAACGACUCAUGGAACAGCAGCUGCAGUGGAAGCACAAGAUAGAGGAACAGCAAGAGAAGCAGCAGCAGCAACAACGACAGAUGGAACUGCAGCUUCAGAAGCAGCAAGAGAUAGAAGAACAGCAGCUGCAGCAGCUGCAGCAGCUUGAGCAGCAAUUGAUGCUGGAGAAGCAGAAGCGGGAAGGGCAGCAGCAAGAGCAGCAGCAAUGGCAGCAGGCAUACGCAACAAAACUUCAGCAGCAGCAGCAGCUGGUGAUGGACUCUCAGCAGCAACAGAAAACAUGGCAGCUGCAGCAGCAAGAGCAGUUACUGCAUUUAACGCGGCAGCAAGAGGAACAGCUGCGGCUGCAGCAGCAGCAGCACGAGCACCUUCUGCAGCAGAAGCUGCAGGAGCAGCUGCAGCAGCAGCACGGCCAACACGAGCAGCAGCUGCACCAUUUGCAGCAGCAGCAGGAACAGAUAAUGAAACAGCAACUGCUGCUAGAGCAGCUGCUGCAGGAUGUGGACCGCAAUCAACUUCAGCAGCAUCAAACAGCGCGGCAACAGCAGCAGCAGCAGCAACAGCAGCGUGAACAGCAGCAGAUGAAGUUUCCACAGCAGCAGCCCUCAGAAUCUUCUCAAGAGCACGAAAAUUCGCCGCUGGACAGCUUUAGCGGUGUCUCUGGCGUUGCUGCUGCAGCGCUGCUGCAGCAGCAGCAGCCACAGGGGCAGCAGCAGCAGCAGCAAGCGCUGCAGCAACAGCAGCAACAAUUUUCUUUUUUCAGUCCCCGCCGAUCCUUUACAUUCCCACUAAGCAACAACACAAACUGGCAGCAGCAAGAGCCCCAAAGGAACUUGACAUUUCCGCUAUCGCAUGCUGCUGCUGCUGCCGUUGCUGCUGCUGCACCUCCUGCUGCAGCUUCUCCUCUCCAGAACGAAGUCUGCUGCUGCGCACCUCCUCCUGCUACUGACACACGAAGUGCACCUGCAGGGGAGGCAGCAGCAGCAACAGCAGGAACCGGAGCAGCAGCAACAGCAGCAGGUGCCCAGGCAGCAAUCCAGGAAGCUGAAGCAGGUGCCGCUGCAGAGGCGACAGGCGCAGAUAUCUUAAUGGGACUGCAGCAGCAGCAGCAACAGCAGCAGCAGCAGCAGCAGCUGCCACUGCAGCAUACCAGGGAACAAAUAGAAGCAAAACUCUCGCAGCGCGAGCUGCAGCAGCAGCAAUUGCUGCACCUAACGAAGCUGCCUGAAGCCCAUUCGUGCGACUUGCCGCAGCCACAAGAUGAGCAGCUGCUGACCCCCCGUGCUGCUGCUGCUGCUCUGCUGCAGCACCGCAGCAACACUUUUGAGACAGGCGUGUUUGCAGCGAAGCGACGCCUUCUGCAGCAGCAGCAGCAGGCCGGUUUGCUGCAGCAGCUGCAGCACCAGUGGGCGCAGGAGGCGGGGGCGCAUCAGGGAGAGGAGCUGCUGCUGCAGCACAAAGCAGCAGAGCAGCAAAUGAUCCUGCAGCAAGAGCAAGCUACAAGGCAGCUCAUGCUGCAGCAAGAAGCAAUGGAGCAGCAGCUGCAGCUGCGGCAGGCAGAAGCAGAACAACGCCACCUGGAAAUUCUGCAGCGGUGCGAAUCUUUGCAGCAACAAGCGCUGCAGCAGCAGCAGCAACAACAACAAAUGCUGCAGCAAGAGCAUGCACUGCAGCAGCAGCAGGCAGGGCCCUACAUUGACCAGCAGCAGCUACAGUGGACACAGCGCAGCCACAGCGGCCUGCUGUUGCAGCAGCAGCAAGAAGGAAUAGUGCGGCUGGAGGCCGAUAGCCAAGCGCAGCAGCAGCAGCAAAAAGAAGUGCUGCUGAACCAACAGCAGCAGCAGCAGCAGCAGUUCCUGCUGCAGCGAGCGGACGGGCAGCUGGUGCAGUUUCCUUUGUGUGACGAGCAUGAGCAAAUUGCGGCGUCACUGCAGCAGCAGCAAGCGCUGCAGCAGCAGCAGCUGCUACAGCACCACCAAAUGCAGGCCCUGCAGCAGCAGCAAGAAUGGCAGCAGAAGCAAAUGCUGCAGCUACAGCAGCAGCAGCAGCAACAGCGGCGCAGUCCGCUGGUGUCGCCUAGAAAAUUUCAGCAGCUUAAACAGCAGCGGCUGCAGCACCGACUGAGACAACGGCUGCAGCAGCGGCAGCAGCAGCAGCAAGAGUCUCUCUUGCAGCAGCAAUGGAUGAUGCUACAGCAGCACCAACAGCAGCUGCAGCAGCAAGGGCAGUUGCAGCAACAGCUCUUGCAGCAGCACCUGGACCUCUGUAAAAGAGACCAACUAGAGAUGCAGCAGCAGCUAGCGGCAAAAGAGCAGCAAUUGUUGCAGCAGCAAAUGCUGCUGCUAAGCCUCCAAGAGCAGCAGCACCCGCACAAGGGGGCCGCUCAAGCGCUGCAGCAGCAACAGCAGCAGCAUGAGCAACCGCUGCAACAAAAGGGGAAGCAGAAAGAGACACCGCACGCACAGCAGCAGCAGCAGCAGCAGCAAUUUGAGGCGUCUUCCGCUAGCCACAGCAAUCUCUACAGCCAAGGCAUUCAUGCGCAGCAGCAACACGAGACGCAGAAGGAAGAAAAAAGCCAGCAGCAACAGCAGCAGCAGCAGCGGCAGCAGCAGACAGGGCAGCACUUCUCACAAAGGCAGCAGCAAGAGCAGCAUGCAAACCAACCACUGCAGCAGCAGCAAGAUGACCCAACGAAAGGAACUCUAGAAGGCUACUGCAACAGCGGCAGCAGCUGCUGCCUUUUCACAGGCAGCGACCAGCAGCAGCAGCAGCUGCCGCAGCAAACUCAAAGCGUUUCAUCAUUGGCGUCGCUGCAGGAAGAAGAAUGCAGCAGCCAGCCAGCAGCAAACCAACAGCAGCAGCAGCAGCAGCAAAAGGGCGCGUGGGUCUGCCGCUGUGGGGCCUUGAAUGUCAGUUACGCCGCUGAAGCAGACUGCAUGACGGAGCAGCAGGGGCUAGCAGCAGCAGCAGCUGCUGCUGCUGCUGCUGAAGCCGCAGCAGCAUCAUGGCAGCCAGCUCAGGAGCUGCCUAAAGGGCCUGCAUGCUGUCUGCUGACUUACCAGCAGCAGCUGCUGCAGCUACAGGCUAUGGAAUGUGCCCCAGUGGCACCGCUGCAGCAGCUAAUGGAUGACCACGUGCAGCAGCAGCAGCAGCAGCAGCUGCAGCAGCAACAGAUGCUGCAGCAGCAACAACCGCAUUUUUAUCCCCCUGCAGCAGUGCCUGGCUGGGGAUUCGGGUGCCUGCCGCGCAGCAGCAGCAGCCCAAGAACAGUGCUGCCUCAGCAGCAGCUGCUAAAUGCGGCACCAGCAACAACUGCAGCAGCAACGGACAGUGCUGCAGCAGCAUACAACAGCAGAAGCGCAACGCCUAGACGAGCACACGAGCCAGAGGCAGCAACUGCUGCAGCAACGCCGCGUGCAGUGCCAGCAGCAGCAGCAGCAAAUGACCGACCCUGGAGGUGCAGGGGGAACAGCCCCUGCAGCAGCAACUGCAGCAGGCCAGCAGACGAACAGCGGCCGCAGCAGCAGCAGCAGCAGCAACAGCAGCAACAGCAGCAGCAGAAAGGGCUAGAACUAGUAGCAGCAAACUGCCGCGUCGGUUCUCGCGGAGAUGCCUUCAGCAGGAGCGGGCCCUGCAGCAGCUGCGCUGUGUGCUGCAGCAGCAGCAUCGGCGAGCUUGAACAGCACCUGCAGCUGCAGCUGCAGCAGCAGUACCUGCAGCAGCAGCAACUGCACUUGCAGCAAUUGCAGCGACAGCUACGCCAGUGGCCGCAGCAGCAGCAGCAGCUCAAUGACGGUGGAGGAGAAAUCUACCUCCCGAUGCCGCAGCAGCAGCAAUGCCGAAUGGUGCAGCAGCAGCUGCAGCAGACAAUGCAGCAACAGCUACAGCAAAGGAUGCAUCAGCAACUGCAGCAAGGCAACAAAAGCAAAGACGCGCUGCUGCUGCUGUCAGAGAGGGGCAGCACCCAGCCCACUGCAGCUCCGCCGUCACUGAGAAUGUCUGCUGCUGCUGCUGCUGCUGCUGUACUGACACCCGAAUGCGCAUGCAUGCAGCAGCAGCGCCUCGAGGUGCUGCAGCAAGCGGAACUGCAGCAGCAGCACCAGCCCACGACUCCUCGCAGCCCCCCAUGGGCACCUCCGCAUUUGUGCCAGCAACGCGUGCAGCAGCAGCACCUGCAGCAGCAGCAAGUGCAGCUGCAGCUGCUGGAGCAGCAGCGUCUGUGGCAGCGCAGCCGCUGCUGCUGCCGCAUCAGCGGGCCACACAGCAGCAACAGCAACAACUGCUGCAACUGA